AUGCGCUUCACCCUUCCCCUCCUCACGGCGGUGAGCGCAGGACUCUCCGUACUGCCCUCAGCCUUCGCCUUCCCGCACAUCCAGGAGCAGGCGGACAAGGCCAACACGACUCUGUCGGCGCGCUCGCUCUCCGAGGGCAUCAAGCUGUGUCCGCAGCUGCGCGCCCGCAUGGAGGCGGCAGCUUCCAACUCGGCCUCGAAGCUCUCGAAGCGCGACCCGGACUCGGUCAUCAACCCGAACGCGUUCAAGUUUGACGAGGCCGCGCAGCGCAUCGAUGUCAGCGGCUCGCACGAGUGGCGCGCGCCGCAGCCGGGCGACAUCCGCGGGCCCUGCCCCGGGCUCAACGUGCUCGCCAACCACGGCUACUUUCCGCGCAACGGCGUCGUCAAGCUCGAGACGGCCAUCGAGGUCGUUGAGCAGGUCUACGGAAUCAGCCCGGACCUCGGCGGCUUCCUCAGCGCGUACGCGACCAUCUUCACCGGCAACGUCCUCGAUACCGAGUGGAGCAUCGGCGGGCCCUUCACCUCGUCCGGCCUCGGUGGGCUGACCAACCUGCUUGCGGGAGAGCCCGGCGGUAUCAAUACGCACAAUGUCUACGAGGGCGACGCCUCAGUCUCGCGCCGAGACUACUACGAGCCGGGCGCCAACCACGACAAUGUCAACGUGUACCUGCCCUACUUCCAGUCGGUCGUCGACAUUGCCGGCGACGACCGCACGCGCGGCAAGGACGUCUACACGCGCGACGUGCUCGCCAAGCACCGCUGGGAGAGGUUCCAGACCAGCAUCGCCAAGAACCCCAACUUCUUCUACAGCCCGUUUGGCGGUCUGGUCGUGACGACGGCCGCGCACGAUUUCAUCGUCAACUUUAUGGCCAACAACACCGCCGACGAGCAGGGCAACAACCGCAUCUACCUGGACGAGCACAACCUCUUUCCCUUUUUCAGCAUCAAGCGCGAUCCCAAGUCGGGCGAGCUGAUCUACACGCCGGGCCACGAGCGAUUCCCAGAGGACUGGUACCGGCGUCCGUUGGCGGCGCAGUUUGGGCUGGCGGAUGUGGUGACCAACCUGCUCAAGUCGGGCGCCGAGCACACGGAGCUCCUCUCCGUCGGCGGCAAUACGGGCAGCGUCAACAGCUUUGCCGGCCUCAACGUCGGCAACCUCACCGGCGGACUGCUCAACACGGCCAAGCUCCUCGACGACCCCGCGGCGCUGUCGUGCUUCCUCUACCAGGCCACCGUCGAGUCCCUCAUCCCCACCCAGCUCCGAUUCCUCUACAAGGACCUCACGGGCGUCCUCGACCUCGUCGACCACUUCAUCGGAGGUCCCCUCAAGAAGCUCGCCGACACCUUCCCCAACUGCGACAGGGUCAAGGUCGACUACUCUGGCGCCGACAAGUUCCCCGGUAGCAAGAUCCAGUCCGGAGGAAAGACGGGCCUCCUCGGCGCUCUCCUCGGUCAGAAGACGAGGAACGUCAAGCAGCAGCAGAGGCGCAGCGCCUGA